AUGAUUGACAAGCUCGUCGGCCUGGCCAUGCUCGUGGCCGCCUCCGUCGUCUUCCUCUACUACACCGUCUGGACGCUGCUCAUGCCGUUUGUGGACGACGACCACCCCCUGCAGAACCUGUUUCCGCCGCGCGAGUGGGCGAUUCGCAUCCCCGUCAUUCUGGUGCUGCUCGGGUCGGCUGUCGUGGGGUCCUUCCUGGGCAUGGUCAUGAUCCGCAGCAAUAGGAAGAAGGUGGCCAAGGCCAAGGCCGCGGCCAAGAAGAAGAACUAG